CCAUCACCAAGGAGCGUCAGCUGUUGUGAACCCAGCAGAACGCUUUCCCUUUGCGUUACCUUAACCGAGCUGGAGGGACACGCUGAAUGUCUUUUUUGGACUUAAAGUUUUUUUUUUUUUUUUGGGGGGGGUGUGUUUGUUUGUUUGUUUGGGGUUUUUUUGGUUUUUUUUUGUUUGUUUGUUUUUUUUUUUUUUAAUGUCUGAUGCAACUGAGGUCUCGGAGGAGGAAUGGGGCUGUGGUUGUCUGGUCGUGGCUAGUGAGUGGGGGGUCCCGCCGAGGUAAGGGCAGCAGCGUGCAUUUUCCGGAGGUGAGAGGGCUGGAAGGCUGGUGUGUUUGCAGGAGGUUUGAUUGCAUGAAGUGGCAAAAUGCGCAAAGUUGUUGUCUUUGCAACCUCUCCGUUGCUCUUGUCUUAAGCUGGAAAAAGGGGGAGAAGAACUUCCCGUACCUUCUUGGCAAAUCAGGAGGCUUUGUUGGUGGCGCCGGGGUGGUUUUAAUGCAUUUUUGUGCGUGAGAUUAUUACAUAAGGUUGAUAAUUUCUGUUGCUGCUGGAUUUCCCCUCCUCCUCUCCCCCCCCCACCCCCCACCCCCAUGUGUUUUGUGCGGAUUUCUCUGGCUCGCUUUGAGUGAAUGGCGAUUUGCGAAGUUGCAAAGAGCCCCUCCGCCCCCUUCUUUGCAUCCUUCUCGCUCCCCUUUGCACUGCUCCGCAGAUGACAAAAGGAGUAAACUUCCUCUACUUUUGCUGGCAUAUUAAGAGGGCUUUCUGGAGAGAUUACGUUUCAGGUCUUGGGAGAACCUCUCUUCUUCCUCGUGGUGGAAAUACCCAUAAAACCUGUCUCUAAAGCCAUUGCCCGACCCCAGGAUCAGAAGGAGACCCGUAAUGCCAGGAAUGGUCAGUAAAAACCCAGACCUCGAGUUCGACUCAUUGCAGCCCUGUUUCUACCCGGACGAAGAUGAUUUUUAUUUGUGCGGGCCGGACUCCGCUCCCCCCGGGGAGGACAUCUGGAAAAAGUUUGAGCUGCUGCCCACCCCUCCCCUGUCUCCCAGCCGGGCCGGGCUCCAGGAGCACCCCCCGGGGGGGGCCCCGGUGCCGUGGGGAGGGGCGGCCCUGGGGGGCUGCCGCCCCACCGACCCCCUGGACUGGGCGUCCGAGCUGCUCCUGCUGCCCCCCGAGGCCGACCUGUGGGGCGGCUCGGACGGCGGGGACUUCUUCGAGACGGGCCUCGGCGUGACCAACAACCUCAACUCCAUCAUCAUCCAGGACUGCAUGUGGAGCGGCUUCUCCGCCCGCGAGAAGCUGGAGCGGGCGGUCAGCGAGAAGCUCCAGGGCAAGGCGCCCGCCGCCGCCCCGCCGCCGCCACCGCCCCCGGCGGGCAGCCCCGCCGCCGCCGCCAGCGGCCGCCCGGAGCUGGGCGGCGCCGUGCCCGAGUGCGUGGACCCGGCCGUGGUCUUCCCCUUCCCCGUCAACAAGCGGGAGGCGGCGGCGGGCCGCGCCGGGCCGGCGGCGGCGGCGGCGGGCGGCGGAGCUACGCGGAGCGGCCGCCCGCCUCGCCCCGCCGGCGACAGCCGGGCCAGCAGCAGCUCCGGGGACGACACCCUCAGCGAUUCGGAUGAUGAAGAUGAGGAGGAGGAGGAUGAAGAAGAAGAAAUAGAUGUUGUGACAGUGGAGAAAAGACGCUCCUCCUCCAACAAGGCUGUUACCACCCUUACUAUUACAGUGCGUCCUAAAAAUACCACUUUUCCACCAGUCAGGACACAGCAGAAUGAACUGAUUUUAAAGCGUUGCGCACCAAUUCACCAGCAGCAUAAUUAUGCCGCUCCUUCUCCAUACAUGGAGAGUGAAGAUGCUCCACCGCAGAAGAAGUUAAAAACCGAGGUGCCCCGUCCAGUAAAACCCACGAUCCAACCAAAGUCUAAGAGUUCAAGUCCUCGAAACUCUGAUUCAGAGGAUAGUGAACGUCGACGCAACCAUAAUAUCCUGGAGCGUCAACGGCGCAAUGAUCUACGGUCAAGUUUCCUCACAUUAAGGGACCAUGUUCCAGAACUGGUUAAAAAUGAGAAAGCUGCAAAAGUUGUGAUCUUGAAAAAAGCCACUGAAUAUGUUCAUUCCCUUCAGGCAGAGGAGCAGAAGUUAUUGCUAGAAAAGGAAAAAUUGCAAGCCAGACAACAACAAUUGCUAAAGAAAAUAGAAUACAAGCGGACUUGCUAAACUUUUGUUUUGGUUUUUUUUUUUUUUUUGGCUGACCAGGACAGUCAUUGCCACUUUGCACAUUUUUGAUUCUUUAAAAAAAAAUUGUGUUUUUUGACGUUAAGAAUGUUGGUUUCACUUUCAAUCUAGUCCCUGAAGUAAUUGACAAACUCUAUUAUCCGGGUACGGAGCAAAUGGAUGUUCUUGCAAGGAGUUUAUUGCAAGACUACCAAACAACAAUGAACUGCCUUUGUUUUUCUCCUUAAGAACUGUAGAUGGUGGGGAUUUUUUUUUUUUUAAAUUGUUGUGAGCAUUUGGAGCUGCUGAUGACAUCUAGUUGAGUUUUGAAACGUUCAUUCCUAAGUUUUAUGGUGCUUAUGUUCUAACAGAUGUUACUUUAGGGGUUGGCAUUUUGUACCCCUGUGGGAAUUUUCUGUAAAUACCAUCUACACACUUGCCUUUUGUACAUGUCUUGGGUUAUGAGAGGUGGCUUUUGCUACCAGUAUUAGACUGGAAGUUCAUACCUAAGUACUGUAAUACCUCAAUGUUUGAGGAGCAUGUUUUUGUAUACAAAUAUAUUGUUAAUCUCUGUUAUGUACUGUACUAAUUCUUACAUUGCCUGUAUACUUUAGUAUGAUGCUGAUACAUAACUAAAUUUGAUACUUAUAUUUUCGUAUGAAAAUGAGUUGUGAAAGUUUUGAGUAGAUAUUACUUUAUCACUUUUUUGAACUAAGAAACUUUUGUAAAGAAAUUUACUAUAUAUGCCUUUUCCUAGCCUGUUUCUUCCAGUUAAUGUAUUUGUUAAUGUUUGGUGCAUAGAACUGGGUAACUGCAAAGUUCUGUGUUUAAUUUCUUCCAACGAUGUACAUUUAGUGCUGCGUCUUAUAGCACUUUGAAAUACCUCAUGUUUAUGAAAAUAAAUAGCAAUUACAUGA